AUGGUAAACUUGAGAUUAAUUCAAGUGACUGGCCAAGGAGAAAAUCAGAAUAAAGGGUUCCCAAGAAACGAAAUUAUUACUUCUCGCUAUAACUUAUUUACAUUCCUUCCUAAAAGUGUCAUUGAGCUGUUUGGGAACUACGCCUACUGUAUUUUUCUUAUUAACCCUCUCAUUCUGGCUAUUUCCCAAUCAGAUGUAAAUAUUUACUGGCCUCUGAUAUUCCCUUUUCCCUUUUUGUUGCUGAUUGCCUUUAUCUUCAAUGCCUAUCAAGACAUCAGAAAUCACAAAAACGAUAAAAAAUCCAACAAUAAGCUAUAUUAUGUAUGAAAUGGACAUAAUUUUGCCUACAAGGCAAGUCAGGAUAUUAACGUUGGAGACAUAAUUUGGCUCAAUAAUAAAGAAUAUUGUCCUGCCGAUAUUUUAAUUCUAACAGUAGGAGAAGAGGAGCACAUAUGCUGUAUCGACUCCACUGGAGUGACUGGGGGUAAAGAUAUUAAGGUAAGAAAGUCUAUAAAAGACACCCAAUUGCUUUUCGACUCCAUAAUCGUUGACGAAGCCGCAGCACAAAUCCAUAAACUGAAUAUGAAAAUCAAAGUACCUGAAACAGAGCAAAAAAACAUUUAUGGAUCUGUCAAACUCGCUGCAAAUCCUCAACUGGCAGAAAUAACUAAAUUAAAUUUUAUUCCUCGAGGAUCUCAGCUAACUGAGACUUCUUGAAUUUUUGGUGUUGUUUUGUAUACAGGAAAAGAUUCAUUCACUUCAGCUGCAAUUUCUUGCGAUUAUGGGAGUUUAACAAUAUUAGAAAAACGGUUGAAUGGAUGAAUUUUUUGGAUGAUUGCUUUAUCAUUUUUAAUGAUAAUUUCAGCAUUUUUUGUUAACAGAUUUUGGUUUGGCUUAGAUUUUAAUGACACUACAGGAGAUUUACUGGUAUAUUUAAUUGUAAUUCUCCAUGAAAAUAUUCCCUUAUCGGUUUACAUAUUUUUACCUCUAAUUCGUUGGCUGCAAUGCUGAAAAAUCACCAAAAAUAAUGAAGAAAUUAAAUUUAAUUCUAAAAAAGCUAUAGACAAUUUAGGACAAAUUGAAUAUAUAUUAGCUGAUAGAUCAGGGACUAUAACAAAAGAUAAGUUUAUUGUAACAUCUUGUAUAAUCGAGGACCGUAUUUAUUUAAGAGAUGAAAACUUAAAAUUCUUAACCCCUGAUACCAAAUCUGAAACCUCUCCCCUUACAAAAGCUGGCCCAGCAGACACUGUGCAAGAGAUUAAUAAUGAUUUAAGCUGUGAUAAUAUUUUUUCAUUCAAGUAUUUGAAAAAUAAACUUGAAAAAAAAUCAAGUGAAAACUCAAAAGCCUAUCAUUUUGUCAUGUGCUUAGCUCUUUGUAAUCAAGUCUUUCCUUACUCUUCAGGAAAAUGCAUAAGUAUAUCUGGUGACGAUAAAAUUCUAGUUGAAACAAGCAAGAUUUUAGGGAUAAGUCUGAUCAGCAGAAAUAAAAAAUCAUGCGUUAUAAAUGCGUAUGGAAAUUUUAUCGAAUAUGGAGUUAUUGCUUAUAAAUAUUCUGGCUCAAAAUCAAAUAAGUUCAGAAUCAUUAUUUCGGAUAUUGCUCAAUUAACAAUGAUAUUAUAUGUAAAAGGAUCAAAAGAGCCAAUGUUUGAUAUAUUCAGCCUUUCACAAGAAGAAAAAUUAAACAUUGAAGAGACUCUUUACUGUAAUAAUCUUAUUGGUAAAAGAUUAAUUUUUGCAGGGUAUAAAAUACUAUCAAGCAAUGAUAUUGCUAAUUUUAAUUUCAAAUAUGAAAAUGCAAAGCUUUCUCCUGUAAAUAGUGAUGGAAAAAUCGAAAAUUUAUUUGAAGAGCUAGAAAAAGAUUUAACUUAUUUGGGAGCUGCAACAAUUGAAGACAAAAUUGCAGAUGACACAAAAGACACUAUUGAUUUAUUUAAGAAAGCUGGAAUAAAAUUCUGACUGAUGAGUGGAGAAAAUGAAGAAAUUACCCUUUCGACAGCGGUUAGUGCCGGAUUAGUUGAAAUAAACGUGGGCAUAGCUCGACUUACAGAAGUCAAUAAUGAACUAGAAGCAAGAUCAGUACUAAACGAUCAUAUAAAAAGAUAUAUCAUACAUUAUAGAGAAAGCUCAAAACCCAGCCACUCAAAUCUUCCAAGUGUAAUGUCUUUUGAAUCUCAAGAUUGCAAUAGUGAGCCUUUAGCCCCUCUCAUUAAAAGUGAAUGUUCUAUAGUGUCGUUGAACGAUGAUUUUUAUAUAAACCCAACACAAUUAAAGCAUCAAAUAAAAAUCCAUCCUUUUUUGAGCAAAUUUGCAAAUGUGAAUAUGGAGUCUCCAUUGAGUAUGCAUUUUAACCCCAAUUCAGUGUAUUUUAUUUUAUCUGUAGAUUCAAGCGGCAUUAAUUAUGGUCUCAGUACAGAAGAAAAUAGGAAAUAUUUUUCAGCACUUUUAUGUGCAGCAAAUUGUGUGUGCUUUCAUUCACUAAGCCCAAAUGAUAAAUCACGGGUUGCAAAAUUUUUGAAAAAUAAUUUUUCUUAUAAACCGACUUUUCUGGCGAUAGGUGAUGGGAGCAGUGAUAUUGGAAUGAUAAAGCAAGCACAUAUUGGUGUUGGAAUUAAUGGGAAAAAAGGAAAAUCAGCAUCAAAUGCCGCGCAAAUAUCAAUCAGAAAAUUUUCUCAGCUUCAAGAUUUAUUGCUAUUUGAAGGGAGAAUAUUUAAUAUUAGAAUAAUCAACGCAAUAUUUAUUUUAUUUUUCGGAAGCCUGAUUUCUGCAUUUUUGCUAUUUUUUUACACUUGAAUUGAAAAUACUGCAGGAGACCCUUUGAUUGAUUUGGAUUUAAUGCUCUUUCACUAUCUUAUUUGUCUUGUAAUUCCAUUAUUGAUAUUUGGCAUAUUUGAUAAAGAUUUUAGUAGGGUUGAAAUUCUGAAAUUUUCAGAAAUUUAUUCGAUGGCUUCUUAUAGAAAAUUAAUCACAGUUAAAAGAUUGAUUUUUAUGAUUAUAUUGUCAUUAUUAUGUGCAUCUAUUAUAUUCGUAUUCAACAAUCCAUUAGAAAUAAUCAAUAAUAAGGGUUUUACAGAAAAUAGAGAGCUGUCAUCAAUACAGGUGCUAUUAAAUGCAUAUGGAGCGGUGCUAUUAUAUUUUAUUCCAAAAAUAAAUUCAUAUACGAGAUACACUAUUUUAUCUUUAUUAGUGUCUGUUUUGCUUAUGGUUAUAACACUAGAAGCAACUUCUUGGUCAAGUCAUUAUCCAAGAUAUGGAAUAUUAGAUAUUCUGAAUUCAGCUCCAGUAGCAUUUUUGCAGAUUUUCUUUGUACCACUAAUUUGCUUUGUGCCUAUUUACUUAUGCCGGAUUUGUAACCCUUUUUUUCUUACUAAACUUACAAUGAUCCUAAAUUUAUUUUUCGAAUCUAAGGCAUGGAUUGAAAAUUACAUAGGAAAACUUGGUGAAAUAUACAAAGAGAGUAGCGAUUUCAGUAAAAAAGGCGACAUUAAUGCAUUUAAUUUCAAUAGAUUUACCCUGAGGUUUAAAUCCGAAUGUGCAGAAAUAGGAUACCAAACAGAAAAAUCAUAUGAAGUUUUAUUCAGCUAUAGGGUGUUCAUUGUUUGCCGUUUUAUUGGUAUACUAUCUCUUAUGUCUUCUUUAGUAUGAUACAGUAAUUACGGAGGCAAACAAUUCAAACUUUUUUCAGUUAUUUAUUUGCCUAUAUAUUUUAUUUUUAUGGUAUUUUCCUGAACACCUUUUUUCGCGUCACGUUUAAAGCUAUUUAUGAUGUUUCUGAAUUAUUAUGAAGCUUUGCUGCUUUUUAUCGGCUCAUUCGUAUGCAGGAUUUAUGUUGUUGAAGUUAUGAUAAGUUGACCUGUAAUUUUAUUUAUUGCUGCUUGUGCAGACUAUUUUAACUCAUUAAUGCUAUCCUUUGCAGUGUGCGUUGCUGCUUCAGCUAUAUCAUUUAUCGAGGCUAGCUCACCUCCGAUUUCAGAAAAUAGCACUUUAGCAGUAUUUUUUAGUGGAACUCAAUAUACAAUUAUUUUAUUUUCAAUUUGGAUUUCUUCAGCAAUUGUAGGAUAUAAAAUCGAGAUGAACAGGAGGGAAAAAUUUAUUUUAAUCAAAAAAGUUGAAGCAGAGGUAGAAAAAUCUAAACAAGUUUUAAGCUGUAUUUUGCCUAGGUUUGUUAAAAACAGAGUAAAAAAUGGGGUUAGAUAUAUAGCUGAGGACCAAGGAAUCGUUUCAGUGCUGUUUUGCGAUAUUUAUAAUUUUGAUGAAAUUGUGGAGAUUUAUACAGCUAAUGAAUUAGUAGCCCUUUUAGAUAAUAUUUAUAGGCAGUUUGACCAUAUAUGUGAAAUUGUUGGGGUCACUAAAGUCGAGACGGUGGGGAAAACUUAUAUGGCUUGUGCUGGAAUAAAAGAUAAUGAAACUGAGUUGGAUGUUAAUAUAGCCUCAGUAUGUCAUGUUCGAAGAGGAAUUGAAAUGGGAAUGAGUAUAUUAAAAGCAAUUAAAAAUAUAAAAUUAAAAAACGGUGAACAUUUGAAAGUAAAAAUCGGAUUGCACAGCGGGCCUGUUCAUGCUGGAGUGGUAGGAUUUCAUAAGCCUCAGUUUUCAUUAGUUGGGGAUACUGUAAACACUGCAAGUAGAAUGGCAACAACUAACGUCGAAAUAAAUUCAAUACAAAUAUCUGAAGAUUCUUUCAACUUAAUAGAAGAUAAAAAUGAAUUUUCUUUUUGCCUUAAAAAAGUUGAUGCCAAAGGAAAAGGGCUAAUAAACGUUUUUACUGUCAAAGAGAAAGAAAUAACAGAUCUGAAUCGAUCUCCUCCAUUAUCUCCUAGCUUAUAUGUUUCCUCUCCUCUUAGAAAUGCAAUCAGUUUAACUCUCUCAAAAAGUAGUUUUAUGGAAAAACAAUACAGCAUGGACUCGAAGAAAAGAUCUUUGAUGAUCCAAAAUUUUGAUCUACUGGAUCCUUCUGAACUAUUUGAGAGAAGAGAAAGUGAUAUAAUUGAACCCAUUAAAUGCUUUUCAUUUAAGUGCAAAGAAGGAGAAAAAGAGAAACUUUUCAGAAGUCAAGUGAUGGAAAAUAAUUCAAUAUGCAUUUAUUGUGUAUUGAUUGUAAGUUCUUUAUGCAAUUUUAUUAUGUUUUUAGUAAAGAUAGGGCAUUUUAUAAGCACUGAUGAAUCUGAUACUGGAUGUUUAUACUUUUCAGUCAUGCUAUUUGCUUUAUCAAUUCUUUUUAUGUCAAUAGCAGUAACAUUAAAAUGAAUUUAUCUGCAUUGAUCAUUCCCAUGAAUUUUACAAAUUUUUUAUAUUUGUGUUACAUUUGCAACUAUAAAUUUUUGAAUUCUAGAUACAAACGCUCAUGAAUUCAUAAAAUUUUCUUAUUUAACCUUCAACAUACUCCUUUUAGCACUUGGCUCAACCCUAUUUUUCAAGCGUUUGAUCAUCUCUAUUUUAGCUGAGUCUAUUCCCUCAAUUAUAUUUAUAUCGUUUCUUGACACGAACAAUAAACUGCCAUAUAUAGUAGUUUUGUUAUCCAUCACAUUGAUCACCAUCCAUAUAAAUUAUUAUAAAGAAAAAAACUUACGAAUUAUUUUUGCCUUUAAAGACUAUGCGAAUAGAGAAUUAGAAAAAACUGAAAAUUUACUAACUCAAAUGAUGCCUCCACAUGUAUAUAAAAACUUAAAAGAAGAGAUUGCUCAGACUGACUUUUUAAAAGAUGUCACUCUCUUGUAUGCCGAUAUUGUUGGCUUUACAGCAUGGUCUUCAAACAGAAGUCCUGAGAGCGUUCUUGACAUGCUAUAUGAGCUUUUCUGUCAGUUCGAUAGAAGAUGUGUAGAAUUUAAUAUAUACAAAGUACACACUAUUGGAGACUGCUAUGUUGCUAUGGGAUACAAGGGUGAAGAAGGAAGAAAUCCAGGAGAAGAGUGCUUCAAUCUCAUUAAUUUCGCAAUUUCAAUGGUAGAAAUUAUUAAUGAAUUUAAUUGCCAGCAUUUUACAGAGUUAAAUAUGAGAAUUGGCAUACAUACAGGAAAUAUUAUAGGAGGGAUAGCUGGGACUAAUAUUGUAAGAUACGAUAUAUACGGGAGGGAUGUAUUAAUCGCAAAUAAAAUGGAAAGCAAUGGCAUAUCAGGGAAAAUUGCUGUAAGUGAAGCCACUAAAAAUUUGAUUGAAAAUUAUAGGCCUGGAUUUUUCAAAUUCAAACUCCAUAAAGAAGUUUCCAUUUUUUCGAUUAGAGCUGAUAUUAAAUUAUUUUUGAUUGAUGAUGGAGAUCUGGAAACAUCACAGAGCGCAUCAGAGUGUAGCUUAGAAAAUAAACAUCCUGAGUAA